GUUACCAGUCUUUUUGCGACAAUACAGGAAAUGUCUCUAUGAAGCUACAACGAAAGUUCGAGCGCUGGUUAAAACAAAAAAAGUAAUUGUCAGGGUACAGCAUAAUUCAGGUUUGGCAGAUUACUGUCUUGCCUGCUCGUCCACCUGAUACCAUCUCUGGUGUUGCACAAUGUUGCCCACCAUUUCCCACCAAACAAAUGGAACCCCUGGAUCCCGAGACGCUGCUCGGCAUACGGCAGGGGCCAAGCGCUACAAGUACCUGAGGCGACUGCUUCACUUUCGGCAGAUGGACUUCGAGUUUGCACUCUGGCAGAUGCUUUAUUUGUUCACAUCACCUCAGAGAGUCUAUCGAAACUUCCACUACAGAAAGCAGACCAAGGACCAGUGGGCUAGAGAUGACCCAGCGUUCCUAGUGCUGCUCAGCAUCUGGCUCUGCGUGUCGACAAUUGGAUUUGGUCUUGUUCUGGACAUGGGAGUUAUUGAGACACUGAAGCUCCUGCUGUGGGUGGUCUUUGUUGACUGCAUUGGAGUGGGACUUCUCAUAUCAACCUUGAUGUGGGUGAUCACCAACAAGUAUCUGCUCAAACAUCCCUCGAGAGACUAUGACGUUGAGUGGGGAUACGCCUUUGAUGUUCACCUGAAUGCGUUUUACCCACUUCUGGUCAUUCUGCACUUUUUCCAGCUUUUUUUCAUCAACCAUCUAGUGAUGAUAAAUUUUGACUGGUUCCUUGGAUACUUUGUGGGAAACACCUUGUGGCUGAUAGCCAUCGGUUAUUACCUCUACAUCACAUUUCUCGGCUACAACGCUCUUCCCUUCCUGAAGAACACAGUGGUGCUGCUCUACCCAUUUGCCCUGCUCGCCCUUAUCUACAUCCUCUCGCUUUCUCUGGGAUGGAACUUCACAUGGGGGCUCUGUUGGUUCUACAAGUAUAGGGUCCAGUAAAACAGAAUUGGGACAUACAUUGGCUCCAGGAUCUAUUCUUUAACUCCCAGUCUGCCUGCUUGAGAUGGCAGCUGGACCCCACAGAUGCCGGUGGAAACUUUUUAGUGACUCUGAAUAUUCACUCCAGAGCUCCACGGUUGAUGCGGUGAAGUGCUGAUCAGAAGGAGUGUUUUAUGUUUGGUUUUGUAUUAUUUGUAAAUAGCAUCUUGUCCGGUUGUAAUAUAUAAAUUCCAAGCUUUGUUUGGAAAAUAGAGAAGGUGGUUGGUUUUCAUUGAGACAGGAAAAAUCAAGUUACAUAAAAAACAAAAGAGGAACAUUUGUGAGAGUUGUGAUCUUGUGUUUUCUUCAAGUGACAUUCCGGAGCCCCUUCAAAAAUAAAGUUUUAUUUUCUGAAACAGCACAUGGGUUUGUAUUUCAGAAUUUAUACAGUUUUUUUUUGUGGACUGUGCCUUAAAAUCUGUUGGACAGAACAGUGCUGUUUGCUUUUUCAUGAUGACUCCAUCUUUUGCUUUGUUUGCGCAAAUCCUGCCUGGGUCCUUCACCUUAACCUGUCUUGGUCAUCCUCCCUAGUCAUGACGACCUCAUUCCUCAUAAAUAAAAAAAAAAAAAAAAUGAAUUGCUCAAUAUUAACAGGCUGUAUAUGUAGAGAGGUAUGCCCACAACUAAUAGUAGUAGUUGAGAUUUGUGUCCACUUGGUGUCACCCUUUCUGAGAUAAAUGAAGCCAGAGAAGAGUAAGCUAUUGCUUUUUUUUUUCUUUAGAUAGAUAGAAGGAAAAAGUGACCAUAUCAUUCUAAAACAAGGAGAAAAAGUGUUAUUAUACCAGGAUGUUGUAUGCUUAACAAAUGUUGUUGAUAAAGUAUUGUUUCAUUUUAUAUAUUGAUUCUUAAUAUAAAUACACCAUCUAUUUCGGGGGACAAAAAAUACUGCUAAAUUAGAUUCUGUCAUGUCUUAAUAUUUGGUUAACUAUUAAUGAGUAUGGUGAAGGAGAAUAGGUAAGAAAAAAAAUCAAUGAUGAUUGUUUUCAAGUAGUAAUGAAAGGUACAAAAAAAGGGCCCCAUAAAUGCAAGCAAAUUGCUGUAUGCGGACCCACGCCGCCCUUUGCCCAUGAGACCUAAAUUUUAACAACACCCAUUCCAA